ACACAAUAUAACAACAUAACAUAAAAAAAAAUAUUCAAGAAUGUUGAAUGUGAGUAAGGUUGUCUUGGUGAUGGCUAUCUGCGUUUUUGUGGCGGCGUUCAGCGCGGACGACUGCCAGCAGGUGCUUACGCAGCUGCAGCCGUGCAGGAACUACCUGAAAUCGGGCGGUAGCGUCCCUGCCAACUGCUGCAAGGGCGUUGCUACGCUGAACAAGGCCGCCACCACGGCGACAAAGAAGCAGCAAUUUUGUAAAUGUCUGCAAUCUGAGGCUAAAUCUUUAGGCGUUAACUCAAAUUAUGCUUCAAGCUUGCCUCAGAAGUGUAAGGUUAACGUUGGCUAUCCAAUUAGCUACUCCGUUAAUUGUACCCGAAUCCAUUGAGUUGUGGAAAUGUGUGAUUUCGGAGUAUGGAAUAAUUGAUUAGGGUUUGUUAUGUAGUACGUAAGUAAUAUUUAUGUUUUCGAUUUUUAAUUUCGCCUUUUGUAAUAACACGUGUGGUGGUAAUAAUAUAUUUCUUGUUACCUUUGA